AUUCCAGCCAGAUUAUCAUGUCAAUGCUUCAACUCGGAGGCGUGACACUCCGGCACAGUCGUGGUUUGCCGGAACUGUUCUUUCAGACUGACAUAACCAGUUCAGGAGAACUGAGCCAAAGGCCUGAAACGCAAAGUCCAAGAUGGCGGCGCCUGGGAAUGAAGAGGAGGAACUAACGCAAGAACAGACAGAGAAACUGUUGCAGUUUCAGGACUUGACUGGUAUCGACUCAAUGGACCAAUGUCGACGCACGCUGGAACAGCACCAUUGGAAUAUUGAGGCAGCUGUUCAAGAUAGGUUAAAUGAACAAGAAGGAGUUCCCAGCGUCUUCAACCCACCUUCAUCUCGACCACUUCAAGUCCACACAGCUGACCACCGGGUCUAUAGUUAUGUAGUUUCAAGGCCACAGCCCAGGGGCCUCUUAGGAUGGAGUUAUUACUUGAUAAUGCUUCCAUUCCGAUUCACCUAUUACACGCUACUGGACAUUUUUAGGUUUGCAAUACGAUUUAUUCGGCCAGAUCCUCGGAGCCGCGUAACUGACCCUGUUGGAGAUGUAGUUUCAUUCAUUCAGAAUUUUGAGGAACAAUAUGGGAGGAUUCAUCCAGUCUUCUAUCAAGGAACAUACAGUCAGGCACUGAAUGAUGCCAAACGGGAGCUUCGUUAUUUAUUAGUUUAUCUUCAUGGAGAUGACCAUCAGGAUACAGAUGAGUUCUGUCGUAAUACAAUGUGCUCUCCAGAGGUAGUAAACUUCAUCAACACUAGGAUGCUUUUCUGGGCCUGUUCCACCAGUAAGCCAGAAGGCUAUAGGGUAUCUCAGGCUUUACGGGAGAAUACCUACCCUUUUCUGGCAAUGAUUAUGCUGAAAGAGCAAAGGAUGACAGUAGUCGGUCGUCUGGAAGGUCUCCUUCAGGCAGAAGACUUUGUGAAUCAGCUGACAUUUAUUAUGGAUGCUAAUGCUACAUAUUUGGUAUCAGAACGACUUGAUAGAGAGGAGAGGAAUCAGACGCAAGUGCUGAGACAACAGCAAGAUGAAGCUUAUUUGGCUUCACUUCGUGCUGAUCAGGAGAAAGAAAGGAAGAGGAGGGAAGAACUAGAAAAAAGGAGAAAGGCAGAAGAGGACGUCAGGCAACAGAUGCUUGCAGAAGAAAGAAGGCAGCGAAGUUUGCAGGAAGAGAAGGAACGCAAGUCUGAACGUCUUCCCCCUGAGCCUUUUCCUGACCAUCCAGAUAGUGUUAAGAUUGUCUUUAAGUUGCCAAAUGAUACUCGAGUAGAGCGACGAUUUCUAUUUACCCAGUCAUUGACAGUAAUAUAUGACUUUUUGUUUUCCUUGAAAGAAACUCCAGAAAAAUUUCAGAUAGUUGCUAACUUUCCACGUAGAGUGCUUCCUUGCUUGCCCACAGAGAAGGAGCCGAAUCCCCCCACUCUGCAGCAGGCAGGAUUAAGCCGCUGUGAAGUCUUGUUUGUUCAAGAUCUUACUGAUGAUUGAAUCAGAUACUGGUAAUGGGAUAAGUUUCAAUAGCUGCACAGUAUAAAGGAUUGCAGAGACUUUUUCACAAACGAGCCAAGUUUCUGCUGCACACAUUGACAAAGAUCUAUGCAGCUAGGUUGCUCGACAUUUCCUGGGAUGAACUGCACUGUCCAUCAAUAUUCUACUUUUAAACAAAAAAGCUGAAACAUUGAGCAGUUUUCCAUCAGAAGAUUUAAAAAAAAUAAAUGAACCCAUUUCUCCACCAUUGGAAGGUCCUAACACCUUUCUGCUGGUUUUGUUUCCCCCGCCCCCACUUAUAUUUAUGUUGUAUUUCUAUUAAAAAAAAAGAUGAAAAAAUAGACCAAAGGAGGGUUGGCUGUUAUUGAAUUAUUGGAAGCUGAAUUGGUUUAAGUUCUUAUUACCAUGGCCUUUGCUAUGGUGAAGCCUCAGUAAGUAGUUUGUCAGCCUAUAGUGCCUGUGGUAACUAGAGCUUGCUCCAUGUUUAAUACCUGAGCAGCCUUGUCGUCCUCGAGGUGUAAUUUAUUCCAACAGUUUAAAUUAAAACUGUUUUAGAAUUUUAUUGUGUUGAAUCAUUUUUGUAUGCAUAGAUUUGUUUUUAAACCAUUUACUGUAACUUAAUUACAACUGAUAGCUGUUCACAGUGCGCUAAUUAGGCAGGUUUAAUGAGCAUUAAAAGUCUAUAUUGUCUUCACCACUUGUUCCUUCUGAGCUUCCUGUCAGUGUUUGCUUGUUCUUGGUCAUUCUCCACUACUGUACUUUCAUGUACAGAUAUUGUUGCAUCAAAUUCAUAUCAGCUUUUCCUGCUGGAUUUGUUGCACUUAUUUAUAGUGCUAUGUUUUUAUCUUAUUAGAAAAAUGCAUAUUUAUAGCCUCCUAUGAGAAUAGGACCAAGUAAAGUUAACGUUUUUCAGUGGAGCAUGCCACCUUCCCUGCCCCCCCCACCCCACUUUUAAACCAUGUGUUCAAAGGCCUCCUCCUUAUCAGUUUGCUGCAAUGCAUCAAGUAAAUGUACUGUUUCUUCAAUACUGUUUAAUUAGGAAUAUUGUUUAGGAUUAUUGCACUUCAUUCACUCAAUAGCAUCUUAAUCAUUUGCAUGUUAUUUGUUCUGCUGUUCCAACAAAAUGCAAUAUGACUUCUCUCUUGAUCUUGAAUGGAUAUUUGGUGGUAACCAAUAAUGAAAUUAUUUUACCACCUAAACAACUAUCGGCCUUAAUAAUAUAUUGGCUCAUUUAAUUAUAAUGAAGCGAUACCAUUGAGAUAUUCCUCUUUUUAGUCAGUCCAUACUCUAGAUAAGUGCUUGUAGCUGUUUUUUCCUUAAUACACAUACUUAGAAAUUUUUUAUGAAUUGUGAAUAUAAGUUUGAUUUUUCUGGAGUGUCUAUAUAUACACUACUCCAAGAUUAGAUGCCCAAGUUUUAUUCUGUGUUGUAAAUGUAAAUGUGUUCAGUUUAAGUUUGCUUACAAUUAUUAAGCAGUAAUGUUCAGAUUUAGGAUCUUUGUUCUGUUUAAAGCCAAGCUGACCUUGAUUUUUUUUUAAUAUAUAGAUCUAUAAUACCAUUCAGCAUCACUUUUGUGUCUGAUAUCCAAAGCAGUCAGCAUUUCCAGAUGCAAUAUAGGCUCUCAUACAAGUUGGUUUGAAAAAGAUUAGUAUUGGUUUUAAGUUCCUUCAGUGCUUUAGACUGAAGGAACUACAAUCUUGAUUCAUUUUUGUAUUUAAUUUUAGAAAACCUGUCUGGCAUUAUGGACAAUAAUUUCAGUAAUAUGUACUUUGUGUCACCAAUUACUGAAUUUUCCAUGUAUUUGACGUUACAUUCCGUAGAUGUGGACCAAGUUGUUGGGUUUCACAUUGGCUAAUGAUCUGCAAAAAAAAUUGCGAUCUGUUUUGUAUAUAAUUAUACAAAUGAGGAUCUGCAGAUUAUAGCUGCAAAAAGAAACUUCUCCAUUAAUGUUUAUGUAUGAGGCUUAUUGCAUAGCCUGAAUAGAUUAGGAAUUUGGAUAUAUGGAGCAAAUGUCUUCCAAACAGAAUAAGUUAUUUUGUAUCAUAGAUAUUUUACCACAAAAUUUUGCAACUUAAUAACUUUGGAUGCCUAUCUUUGUGUUUUGUCCAGUGCUUCUGAGGAUGUUGGCUCCCAAUUUGAUGCAGUUGGUGUAAAGUUCUAAAUUUGAGUUGGGGCAAACUACAAUGAAACAAGCAUUGAUGUUUUAGGAUUGAAUGAUAUAAGAAUCUUUCCCUUAGCAGAAGUAUUCCCAUCAGUCUACUAAUAUGCAAUUAUUUUUUCUUGGAUAUUUUAAUGCUCAUGUAGAUUAUUAUUGUAAUAAUUUUGUAAAAAUGUAAGAAAAUAUAUUCCCGAUGGUCUUAUUUGAGAAAAAUGAAGCAAACGUUCUUUAAAGGACCACAUUUGUUUUUCUUUUGAAGUUUGAUGUUUCUCAGACUUUUAUUUUUAAAGCGCCAAAUUCAUCGAGUGCUCAACAUUAAAAAUUAAUUUUUAAAGCCAUUUUGGAAGUGAUUUUCUUCUAAUGACAUAACCAAUUAUUCUUGUUAAUUUGCCAGAGGAUAACCUUCCUACAUUUCAUGGCUUUUCUUUGCAAAUGUUGAAAUUAAUUUCUCUGUCACUCUGAAGAGAACAAGUUUUUGAACCACUUGCUUCUGUUCAGACUGUGAAUAGAUUUGUGAUAGGUAAUGAGAAUUAAGUAGGCUAAAUGCAAACUAAUGCCAAAACCUGCUACUGUUUUCUGUUCACUUGGAAAUUACCAUUUUCAAACCAUGAUUCAAAAGAUAGAACAAGAAUAGGGCAUUGAGUGAUAGUGCAUCUGAAAUGGAAUUCUGAAAAUAAGUUUCCAUGCUCAAUCUGAAAUUGAAUUUUCUGUGUAUAUUGCUGUAAAUUCAGAUCCUUGACCCCUGUCUUGUAACUUAUUGAAGUUGAAUGAAUACAAAAUAAUAAUAUCUUGAGGAAUGUGUGAGUAAUUUGUAAUUUAAGAUUCUUGUGUUUUAAGUUUAUAAUUUGGUUCAGUACAUUCACAAUAGCUAAGAUAUUUAUUUAUGUGCCACCUUCUGUUAGAAUUUCAUUCAUGGCACUUUAUUUUAGGCUUAAAAUGUCUGAUUCACUGAUGAACCUAUUUACACAAAAUUGGUCUCUAGUAUCUCCAUUGGCAUUUAUAUUCAGAAAUACUGAAAUAAUUGUUUUUGACAGCCCGAAGCACCAUCUGAGAGAUGCAGACUUUUGACAUGAUAUGUACACAAUACCAACUUCACUUCUCAUGUGGGAGAGGUUUAAAGAGAAGUUGGGAGGUUUUCCUAUUAAUAUUAAGAGGAAUAAUUUUUGGCCUUGCUAAAUUAAUUAAGCGUUCAAUACCUCAGCUCUAUUUGUGGGAUAUUAUUGUGGGCUGCCAUAUUUUAUGGCAAUGUUACUAACUAGACUUAAGUUGCUCACUGACUAAUGUACUUCAGGACAUUCUGUUUGUGAAGGGUUAUAAAGGUGAGUAUUUUUGUAACUGGAAUGUCUUUGUAAAUAAUAACAAUUGAUAUGUGUACUGGAAGGCUGAUUAAGGUCACUGCUACAAGGACAAUAAUAUAGUGGGUGAAUGUCCACCAGAAGCCUAUUUGAAUGUUAGAGGCAUAACAUGUUGGAUAUUAUACCAGGUAUUUUCUCCCAUCUUCGACAUCCAUGUAAUUGGUAAUUUAUACUGGGAGAAUUGUUGGUUAUUUAGAGAGAUACAGGCUGGCAGGAUUAAAAUCUGUAACACACUGCAGAUGCUGGAACUCCAGAGUAACGCAAAGAACACUGGAGCAAAUGCUGUGUACAUACAUCUACUGAUGCUCUGGACACAUCUUCAGUGAUGUUUCUGGAAUCAUUGGGUGUUUUGGGUCUUUCAACAUCAUACACCCUCCUCCAGGUGACCCAGCCGGGGCUGAUCAGACCCCAGCUUGUGUCCAGAUGGCUAGCUACUUAUGACUCCAUGGCUCCCUUCUUUUGAGCCACAGCCAUCUUGAGGCCCUCUCUGCUGCAUCAGUGGUACUGCGGAUGGCUCUCCUCUUUCUCUCUUCCUCGAUGCCCAAAUUGCUGAAGGCUGUAACUAAGGAACGGGCUGCGAAUCCCCUACAACCAACCUCACUGGGACAGUGAUUGUUGUCAUGGCUUGUAGCUUCCUAUUGACCCCUCCUUUUGCCGUUGCCUCUAGAAUUUGGUUGACAUCUUCAUCAAACUACUUCCCCAGUGAAGUCAUGUUAGCUGCAGGCUGUUUAAUCCACCUCUUGUUAGAUUUGAUGUUAGAGAGAUUAGUUUGCAACACUUGGAGGUUCUGGGCACUCUGGGGUGACUCCAGGCUUGGCACCUCCUUCAUCUCACCAGAGUGGACACCUGCGUGUUGUGCUGCUCCUGCUCCCGCCAGACACUUCAUCCUCACUUGGUGGAUCUUCAAGCCGUGAUAGUUCUUGCAGAUUUUGCCAUGUGCAUGCUGCUUCCUCAGUUAUUUGUUCAUUGCCUGGGUCUGAUGCCGUUGUGUCUGUCUGACUGGGGUGCUCAUCCUCCCCCACCCCUCUCGGGCACCCCUGGGGGUAUCUUUCCCUUAGAUUCAUCGUAGCUUUUGUGGGGGUCCUCCUCUCAGAGGACACAGAUUGGGUUGCCAGUCAGCAGGUCUUGAUAGAGAGGAAUUCUCUACAAUCUAGUAUAAUUAAAAUCUGCGACUAGGAAUUUAGUCCAAAGUGUAUUAUGAAUACUUGCAGUUGAUUUAUUUAGAUGUUUAUGCUUUCACUGAUUACUUCUCUACUGUAUAUAACGUAGAAAGCAUUUUUGCUGAUAUAAUAUAAGUUUUGCUGAGUUGCUGAUUUUCUCAGUGUAAAAGCCAUCAAGUUUAGGGAUUUAUGUUUGAAUAUGUAGGUUGCAAUCUUGUUGGCCUUGGUCCAUCAGUAUUUCCUUCAACUUCCUUCACUGGCUAUAUUCUGCUACAGGGCUUCCUUUGAAAUCUAGUAAUGGAGCAGGGGUUUUGACAUCCUGAUACUGGGCUGGGAAGUUUGGGGUAAGAAAAGUUAUAAAUGAACUACAUUAUAAUUGUUUUGUUUUUGAUUUUGAAGUAAUUAGUUUCAUUUUUCUUUGACAAUGUUAAUGGACUCCAAAGCUAGAGGCAGGGCUGUAUCAUCUAUCUAAGGUUUCCAAAAGUUGUGUGAUCAAGGCUAUUUUUAUCAAUAAGUCUCUUGUAGCUUUGACAACAGGUUAUAUGGUGGUGAGGAAAGCAUAUGGCAUGCUUCCCUUCAUCAGCUGAGGCAUUAAGUACAGAAGUUGGGGCAUUGUGUUACAGUACAGUUACACAAAAUGGACAAGCUGCACUUGGAGAAUUAUGUACUGUUCUGGUCACCUCAAUAUAGGAAAGAUGUGAUUAAGCUAGAUGGUGUGCAGAAGAGAUUCUCAAGAUAUUUUCUAGAUGUGUGGCUGGAGUUGUAAGGAGAGAUUGGAUGAACUGGAGCAAAGAAAGCUGAGUGUUUCCAUGAUAGAGGCAUAUAUGUGUGUGUGUGUGUGUAUAUGUGAGGAAUAUUGAGUAGAUAGGCAGAGCCUGUUUCCUAUGGUGGGGGCGUCAAAACAGAGGGCAUGGGUUUGAGGUGUGAGAGAGCAGGUUUAAGGGAAAUGGGGUUUUUUUUGCAUAGUAGUUCAUACCUGCAAUAAUCUGCCAGAUAUGGUCACAAAGGGAGGAACAGUAACACUAUUUAAAAUGCAUCUGGACAGGUAUGGAAAGAUGGAAUUCAUCCAGGCAAGUGGAAUUGAUGUAGAAAUUGGUUGAUCGAAAGGCCUGUUUCUAUAUCAUGUAACUUUGCAACACUUUUUUAAAUCAUUACUUGCAUCUGGUGAAGCAAGGUCAACAUGCGUGUAUUCAAAACUAAAACUUUUACAAUUAGUUCCCAGCAGAAUCCCUCAUUGUACUUGCAGUAAAGUAUAUAGUAUGCAUUUGCUAAGAUAAGUUAAUUUAAUGACCCCUUAUUUGGCUCAAUGUUCUCUUAUUAGCUGAGCUAUUAAACUGUUUAAAAUAUUUUCACCUUUUUAAAAGAAAUCCAAGGUUUCGACUGUGAUUUUUUAAAUUAUUAACUAAUUUAGUUGCAUUGGCCAACCUGAGUGAAGCCACACUCAGGUUGGAGGAACAGCACCUUAUAUUCCGUCUGGGUAGCCUCCAACCUGAUGGCAUGAACAUUGACUUCUCUAACUUCCAUUAAUGCCCCACUUCCCCUUGGUACCCCAUGUGUUAUUUAUUUAUUAUUAUUAUUAUAUAUAUUUUUUCUCUCUCCUUUUUCUCCCUCUGUCUCUCUCACUAUACUCCUUGCCCAACCUCUGGGCUCCCUUCCCCCUUUUCUUUCUCCAUAGGCCUCCCAUCCCAUGAUCCUCUUGUAUCCCUUUUGUCAAUCAACGUUCCAGCUCUUAGCUCCAUCCCUUCCUCCUCCUGCCUUCUAUCAUUUCGGAUCUCCCCUUCCCACUUUCAAAUCUCUUACUAUCUCUUCUUUCAGUUAGUCCUGACAAAGGGUCUCGGCCCGAAACGUGGACUGUACUUUUUGCAAUUUUUAUGUGUGUUAGUUACAUUGGUGAUUUUUUUAAGGACUUAAAAUACUAUAAUUUGUUUAUGUGUGCUUUAUGGCAGUUGUCUAAAAGUAUGAAUGUCAGUUUUGCUAAUUCAAAGAGGAGCGUUGUAUCUAUUUCAACUGCAAAAAAAAAUUAUCAAUUAUUUAUGAAGCUAGGAAAUUUUGAAUUUAUUUUAGCCAACUAAGAAUGGCUUAUUUCUGGUUUGUAAUAUCAGACCCACAUUGAUUAUGUAUAGCAUGUUAAAUUUUUGUUAAAAUUCACUUGUCCAUUUAUUUGACAAAAAAUUAAAUAGAGAUUUCUUGUAGAGGAAAUGCAAUAAUGAAGUUGAUAAUGAAACUGUGAUUAGAAUUACUGAAGUUUCAAAGGAAAAUGUUUUAGAUAAUACAAAGACAUUUAUAUUUUCAAAGAAGUUCAGUGAAUGAAAUACUUUUUGAAUUGUAGUCACUUGUAGACAAAUGUGGCAGCUGAUUUGUGCACAGCAAGCUCACGUGAUCAAUAAAGCAAUGAUCAGAUAUUUAUUUUGAUUGAGGGACAGUUUGGUCAGACCUUUAAAUCCAUCAUUCCUCUGGUGAAAGGGCCAGUGGCACUGUUUUAGACAAAUGUCCAGUCCAGCAUUAAUAGAACUGUAGCAGAAUCUAAAGCCAAUGCUUUCUAAAGGUUUAGAUAACUAACUUGCUUUAAUACUUUGUGCUUCUGAUUACCAAGGCCCAUGCUGUUAAUUAAUGCUUCUGUUGAAUUUUGACCUUGACAUGGGCAUUGUGCAACAAAUGGUUUCCCCGCCAACAAAACCAUGAACUCUGUCAUAAAGGCAUUGAUGUGUCAUUAGGUUUGUUUACACUUAGACACAUGCUAUAAUCAGAAAUACCAGCUUCCUCCAUUCCAAGAGUACCUUGCUUGCAUUUUACUAUACAGCUAAAUCAUUGACUUGUGAAGGGCCAGCAGCAACCCCAGUUUAUAGCUGCUACUAAGGAAUUAAAGCAUCCCACCUCUAACCCAGUAAAGGAGACAAGAACAAAACAAAAUACUGUACCCAUUAUGCUGAUGGUGUUUAGGGCAGCAUUGAAGGUCCUCUAUCUCUGUCUGUAUAGAAGGAUUGUUCAUUACUCUUCUCGUAACAAUGUCAUAGUUGUUAGCCCUGGAGAACCGGUGGAGUGCUCUUAGUCUGGCCUCUAUCCUUUGACCUCUUUGGCUGGGUGCAAGAGCCAAAGCACAUGGCCCUGACUCCAGCCAACAUAGCUCUCUGGGUCAUUGAGUCAUGCAAGGCUCCAAACUCUACGACAAGGUAGUAGUCCUUUUGGAGGCAAGUAAAGGAGAACUAGUGCAUAAAAUUCUGCACAGCAGGAGCCAUUAGAACAGGUGUUCCCAACCUUUUUAAUGGCAUAGACCCCUACUGUUAACUGAGAAUCCAUGGAUACCAGUUUGGGAACUGCUGUAUUAGAAGUAUUUACAGUUGCAAGGAAAAGUUUGAACCCUUUGCAAUUACCUUGUUUUCUGCAUUACAAGUAAUUACUCUUAAUAUGUGGUCUGAUCUUCAUUUAAGUUACAAUAAUAGACAAACACAAUCUGCCUAAAUUAAUAACAGACAAGCAAUUGUACUACUACUACUUGUCAAUACAAGGAAUGGCCCCAUGAGAAGGAAGUUCAGAAUCAACCUAUGUCCAGAAACAAGCAUGCAACCAGAGGUCUCCCAGUGUAUUACUUGUGAAAACCCAAGUAUAUGUAUACAUUGAUGUACCUCUUAAGACUAUGGGAAAACCCUUUCUGUGGGUGGGCAUGUCUUCCUCCUGUUUUUAUUGUCCUUCGCAUCCCAUCCAAACUUCUCAACAUUGAAAUCAAAGUCACAUUCACCACUUCUGCUGGCAGUUCAUUCCACACUUUCACCACAUUCUGAGUGCAGAAAUUUUCCCUCAUGUUCCCCUUAAACAUUUAUUUUUUUUUUAACCCUUAACACAUGAUCUCUAGUUGUAGUCUCAUCCAACCUCUGGAAAAAGCCUGAGGUUACUGUAUCUAUACUCAUAAUUUUGUAUACCUCUGAAAUCUCCCUGCAAUCUUUCAUGUGCAAGGGAAUAGCAUUCUAACCUAUUCAAUCUUAUAACUCAGUCCUCCAGUCCCUGCACCAUUCUUUAUAAAUUUUCUCUAUGCUCUUUCAAUCUUCCAUCUUUCUUGUGGGUAGGUGAUCAAAACUGCACAUGACAUUCCAAAUUAGGCAUCAUCAACACCUUAAUACAACUUGAACACAACACACCAAUUCCUGUGCCCAAUACUUUGAUCAAUGAAGACAAAUGUGACAAAAGCUUUCUUUACGACCCUCUGUACUUGUGAUGCCUCUUUCAACGAAAUAUGGACUUGUAUUCCCAGAUCCUUUUGUUUUACCAUAUUCCUCAGUGCCUUACCUACUCUGGUUGGUCCUCCCAAAAUGCAACAUCUCACACAUGCCUGCAUCAAAUUCCAUUUGCCAUUUUUUCAGCCUAUUUUUUUUCUAACUGAUCCAGAUCCCACUACAAGCUUUGAUAGUCUUCCUCGCUGUCCAGUACAACCCCAAUCUUGAUAUCAUUUGCAGUUUGCUGAUCUAGUUAACCACAUUAUUAUCCAGAUCAUUGAUACAGAUGACAGCAACAGACCUAGCACCUAACCCUAAGGCUCUGCACUAAUCAUAGGCCUCCAGUUAGAGAGGUAAUCACCUACUACCACUACCUGGCUUCUUCCACAAAGCUAAUGUCUAAUCCAACUUACUACCUCAUCUUGAAUGCCAAGUGACUGAACCUUCUUGACCAACCUCCCAUGUGGGACCUUGUAAAAUGCCUUGCCAAAUCCAUGUAGACAACAUCCACCAUCGUGCCUUCAUCAGUGUUUCAAGUAACUUCCUCAAAAUAUUCUGUAAGAUUAGUUGGACAUGCACAAAGCAAUGUUGACUAUCCCUAACCAGUCCCUGUCUAUCCAAAUGUUCAUAUAGUUCGUCCCUUAGAAUACCUUCCAAUGACUUCCCCAUUAUUGAUGUCAGGCUCACCGGCCUAUCAUGUCCGUGUUUAUUGUUCUAGCCUUUCUUAAACAGUGAAACAAUAUUAGCUAUCCUCCAGUCAUCUGGUACUUCACUUGUUGCUGAGGAUGAUUUAAAUGUCUCUGCUAAUGCCCCGGAAAUUUCUACAUUUGCCUCCCACAAGGUCUGAGGGAACACCUUGUUAGUCCCUUUGUCUACCCUGAUUUGCCUCAAUUUACCCCCUCCGCUGUAAUCUGUAUAAGGCCCAUGACCUCACUGCUGCUUUGCCUCAAUUUGAUAGACUUCUUCUCAGUCUCCUAAAUAUAUAUAGAUGCAAAAAAUCCAUUUAAGGUCUCCCUCACCUCUUUUGGCUCCAUGCAUAGAUUAUUAUUCUGAUUUUCCAGAGGUCUAAUUUUGUCCCUUGCAAUCCUUUUGCUUUUCACAUAUGUAGAAGCCCUUAAGAUUCUUCCACCUUGUCUGCUAGAGCAAGCUCCUUUUAGCCCUCCUGCUUUCUUUUUUAAAUGCUCUCUUGCAUUUCUCAGACUCCUCAAGUACCUCAUUUGUUCCUACCUGUCUGUAUCUGCUAUGUAUCUCCUUUUUUUCUUAACCAGGCCCUCACCAUCUCUCAAAAACCAAGGUUCCCUAAACCUGUUAUCCUUGCCUUUUAUUCUGACAGGCACAUACAAGCUUUGUACCCUCAAAGUUUCAAUUUUGAAGGCCUUCCACUUACAAGGUACACCUUCGCCAGAAAAAAAGCCUAUCCCAAUCCACACUUGCCUAAUCCUUUCUAAUACGAUCAAAGUUGGCCUUUUUCCAAUUUAGAAUCUCAAUCCAAGGACCAGACCUAUUCUUUUCCAAAAUGACCUUGAAACUAAUGGCAUUAUGAUCAUCAGAUGCAAUAUGUUCCCCUACACAAACUUCUGUCACCUACCCUGUCUCAUUCCCUAAUACUCUCAUAUUGGGACUAAUAUGCACUGAUUAAGGAAACUUUUCUGAACAUAUUUGACAAACUCCAUCCCAUCUAGUUCUUUUACAGUAUGGGAAACCCUUUCAAAAUGCGGAAAGUUAAAAAUUACCUAUUAUCACAACCUUAUGUUUCUUGCAGCAGUCUGUGAUCACUCUACAGAUUUGUUCCUCUAAAUCCCAUGGAGUGUUAGGUGGUCUAUAAUAUAGCCUAGAUAACAUGGAAAUACCUUUCUUAUUCUCCAGUUUCACUCAUAAAGCCUUGUUAUUUGAGUUCUCCAGUAUGUCCUUACUGAGAUCUGCCAUGGCAUUUUCCCUAACUGGUAAUAAUCCACCCCACCGCCGCCCAAUCUCUCCCACUAUUUGAAACCCUAGAAUAAUGAGCUGCCAGUCUUGCUCCUCCUGCAACCAAGUGUCACUGAUGGCUACAUUAUCAUAAUUCCAUGUGCUGAUCCAUGCCCUCAGCUCCUCUGCCUUUCCAACUAUACUUCUUGCAUUGGAAUAUUAGUUCCACUAUGCUCACUCUUAAUCCCUGACUUUGCCUGAUGUCUGUCUCCACAACCACUCCGCUAUCUGUCCUGUGACUCUGGUUUCCAUCUUCUUGUACCUCUAAUUUAACGCCCCCCCCACUUUUGUGCAAUAUUAGCGAAUGUUUCCGUGAGGCUAUUAGUCCCCCUCACCUCCAGUUUAGGUGCAAACUGUUUCUUCUGUCCCAACUUCCCUGGAAGAGAACCCAAUGAGCCAAAAAUCUGAAGCCCUCCCUCCUACACAAACUCAUUAGGCAGUUGUUGAUCCCAGGGGAACGUGAGUUUGCACCUCUGGUGGUCUGGGUAAAGCAGCGUCUGCUGUGACUGUGGAGUCCAAUGUGGAAGUGACAGUCCUUGUCACACUGUGUGCAUCAGAACAUUGAGGCAGCUUGGGCACUGAGCUUUCAGUGGGCUCUCCUUUCCUCUGCUUGCUACAUUAGAGUGGUCAUAGCUCAAGAGACAUUUUUUCACGUCCUGCUUCCAGGCACACCCAUCUGAGGCGAAUGACUGUCACGUGUUGGUGCUAAUACCGAGGGCCUUGAGUUCGCACUUGCAGGUGUCCUUGUAGCACAGCUGGGGUCUUCCUGUUGGCCACUUUCCAGUCUCCAGCUCCCCAAAGAGAAGGUGCUUCAGUAUGCGCCCAUCUGCCAUGCGCAAGACAUUUCCUAGUCAGCGCAUACGCCUCUGUUUGAAGAAGGUGAAGAUGGAGGUUGUGUUUGCUCUCUCAAGCACUGUGUUGUUGGUAACCUUGUCUUCCCAGUUGAUACCAAGUAUGCGUACACAUGGAAAGCAUUGAGUCACUGCUCUUGUUUUGUGCACAGGGUCCAAGUUUCGCUGGCGCAGAGCAAGGUGCUCAGCACACGGGUUGUGUAUACCUGGACUGCUGUUCAUGGUGAGUCUGUUGUUGGUCCAGACUCUUAGUCAACCUUGAGAAGGUUGUGGCUGCUUUUCUGAUACGCUUGUUGAUCUUGCUUUCGAGUGACUGGUUAUCUGAGAUCGUGCAGCCCAGGUAUGUGGAUUCAUGAACGAUAUCCAGCUCGUAGUCGACAAGGUUCCUAAAGUUGUCAUAGCUGGGGUUGGUAGUGGGGAUAAGCUCCUACUACCUAGAAAGUGCUCCAAAUGGUGUGCGGCUCUAACAGCCUCUGACAACUAAGUCCAACUCUUGGCCUUCAUGUGUGGCUUAGCUAUUAGGCACGGUGGAACUGUUUCUACUGACAAGAAAAGGGGCAAAGGUGGACCAGUGGCGCCUCAAAACCAGUUGCUUUGGGCAGGUGGGGCUCAUCAGCCUUGGAUGGCAGCCUGCCUUGGAGAGGGAAAACUCUGAUUUUAAACCUUUGCUGCCUUGUGGCCAUACCCACAGACUCAUUAGCCACUGGUUAAAUUGCAUGAUCUUCCUAUUUCUGGCCUCAUGAGCAAAUGGCACAGGUAGCAAUCCUGAGAUCACAACCCUGGAGGACCUGUCCUUUAACUUAGCACCUAACUUCCUGAACUCACUUUGCAGAACCUUGUCCCUCUUCCUACCUAUGUUGAAGGUACCUAUAUGGAUCAUGACCUCCGGCUGCUCAUCCUCCCACUUAAGAAUGCUGCGGAGUCUAUCCAAGAUAUCCCAGACAUUAGCAUCCGGGAGGCAGCAUUCAAUCUGGGAAUCUCAUUCUCAUCCACAAAACCUCCUUUCUGUUCCCCUAACUAAUGAAUCCCCUAUCACCAUAGUGCACCUCUUCUUCCCUCUUCCCUUCUGAGCCACAGAACCAGACUCAGUGCCAGAGACCUGACCAUGGUGACUUUCCUCUGCUAGGUCAUCCCCCAAUAGCAUCCAAAAUUGUAUACCAAUUGUUAAGGCGGAUGGCCACAGGGAUACUCUGCUCUGGCUCCUUAAACCCUUUUACCCCACUGACUGUCACCCAGUUUCCUGUGUCCUGCACCUUGGGUGUAACUACCUCUCUAUAUCAUACCCUCAGCCUCUGAAAGAUUCGGAGUUCACCCAGUUGCAGCUCCAAUUCAUUAACGUGGAGUGUUAUAAGUUGCAGCUGGAUGCACUUGCAGGUGAAGUCGUCAGGGACACUGGAGGUCUCCCUGCCUUCCCAUAUCCUGCAAGAGGAGAAUUUAAAUAUCCUGGCAAUUAUAAAGAAGGAAACAAUAAACUGGGAAAAAAAAUCUACCUACAGCUUUUCGCCUUCUUUCACUCAAGCAUCUCCUUGCUGAAACCUCAAAGAGCUAAAGCUUCAAAAUCUCCAUUCUAACACUGUCCACUCCAACAAAGGCCAGUCUGUUUGCUCCUACCUUAUUUUAAUUUGCCCUUGAAAAUGAAUCCCGAUCUCUGAUUGGCCACUGUUCAAAUGCUGGAACAAGUUGGUCGUUACCAAAGUUGUAAGAUGCCAUUGUGGCAUUAGUGAUGGUGGAAAAAUACAGAACUGUGUGGAAGGCUUGCUUUAAUUUCUUGAGGGACAAAUUCUGCCAGAAAUUAAUUGUUUCUAUGCUUAAUCUGUUUCAACAAAAGCAGGCACAAACUACUCCCAAUUCUUAGCUCGUGUCUAGCACCUAAACUCUUCCACCACCACUUGCAAGAAUUUCUGAAGAUGAUGUCAGCUUGGUACACAAGUACCUCAUGGCAUCAUUCUCAUACAUCCUUUAAAGUUACACCAUUUGGUAAUGUUUCAUUUUAACACACUUUCUACGAUAUCAAUUUCACACUUUACAUUGAACUGAACUUGCUAUUCAGUUAGUCGAUCAGUUGCUCAAAAACCAGUUUUCUCAUGGUUUACUGUAUUUAAGUUUUAUUUCAUCUACAGCCUUUGAAAUUAUACCUCUUCUACAUAAUCAUUUUUAUAUAGAAGGAGCAAUGCUCCCAUACUGAACAUUGGUCCCUUUCAUCCAAAACCUAUCCAUUGGCCUGCCUACUUAAUCAUAAAAUUUCUUAAUUUUAUUAAUCACCAGUACUGACCAUCAAUCAAUAAGCACCCAGCAAACUGGGUUUGGAUUGUAGCUCCCCUCACUUACAGCUGUGGUAUUCUCUACAUUCUAAACUUCCAAAUUUCACCAGUGUUUGUAUCCAGUUGUUACAUUGUAUAUACUUUCAAAUCACUUGAAUCUGUAUCAUAUAAACUAUAUUUACUGAAAUAGAUUCUAGUCCAUAACCUCAGUGUAAUCUGCAUGUAAGUGUAAAAGUCAUGAUUUUUUUGAUUUCUUAUCCCAUUUUGCGUCUUUGCACUCUCCAUCCAUAGAAAUGAGGGAUUAUCUGUUAAACAUAUCAGUAAUGGAAAAUCACCUGAGAGAUGUUACCUCUGAUUACAAUGACUGUUCCUGAGACAAAAUUAAAAACAAGAAGAAAAUAAACAUGCUAUCUUUGAAACAGCCCUUUAAUUUUUCUGCUUUAGUGUUUAUUUCAUCUUGAGACUUGCACUGCAUUCUGAGAGAUAAUCUAGCAUGUGAUGCUGGAGCAUUCUGGUUAAAUAAUGGAAUACUGGGGCAUUUUGGAGCAAAUUAUUGGAUUAGUCCCCACAUGGAAGAUUUAGCUGGCAUUUCAAUAGAGCUCAAGCACCAAGAGUAUGCACAGUAAGUACAAAGAUGUAUAAUAGAUGUACAAUCUAUACAGUCUAUUUCAUCAGUACAAUAGAUGAAAAGAACUGACAACUUCAUCAGAACUAGAUCUUCCACCCAGCUGGAAAGGGCCUGACCCUGCUGGGAAUUAGGAGAAAGUGAGGGAAAUGUAUUCCUCUCAAAGGGAGGUGAAUCUCUACAAUUUUCAAACUCGAAUGGGUUGUGGAGGCAAGAUCAUUAGAGGUUAUUUAAAGAGGAAGUGGAUACACUUUGAGUGAUCAGAGUAUUGAGGUUACUUUGGGAAAGAACAGAUUAUGAGAUUAGAUUUUAAGCAGGUCAGCUGUGAUCAUAUUGAGUAGCCUAUCCCUGUUCCUAUUAAUUUCUUGAAUAAAAUGCCAUAUUACCUUGAAUAAUGGUCUCUGACUUUUUGAAGAAACAUUCACUGCUGCAUUAUACAAGUGGGAUCCAUUUGUAUCAUUUUCUCACACUAGCUCCAACCUUUCCUUGUAAACUGUUGGAAGAUCCACAUGAUGGAGAUGGAGCCACAGGAAAUAACAGAGUCUAAACCCAACCAGACCUUUGGUAUUUUACAGGCAAUUGAGCUGGAGUUCGGCAUCAAGAAUGAUAGAACACUCUAGACAGGGUGGAGAAGCCCCAUGGUGUUCAAAAUCACCGGCAUUUGUCAUGAAAUUUGUUAACUUAGCAGCAGCAGUACAAUGCAAUACAUGAUAAAUAUAGAAAACAAAUCAAUCGAUUACAAGGAGUGUAUGCACGUAUACUGGAUAGUUAAGGUUAGAAUAGUGCAAAAACAAAGAAAAAGUGAGGUGGUGUUCACGGGUUCAAUAUUCACUUAGAAAUCAGAUGGCAGAGGGGAAGAUGCUGUUCCUGAAUUGCUGAGUGUGUGCCUUCAGGCUUCUGUACCUCCUUCCUGAUGGUAGCAAUGAGAAGAAGCCAUGUCUUGGUUGAUAAGGGUCCUUAAUAAUGGACAUCGCCUUUCUGAGGCACCGCUCCUUGAAGAUGUCUUGGAUACUACAGAGGCUAGUACCCAUGAUUGAACUGACUAAUUUUACAACUUUCUGUAACUUCACCCCCAUACCAGACAGUGAUGCAGCCUGUUAGAAUGCUUUCCACGGUACAUCUGUUGAAUUUUUCAAGUCUGUUAAGUGACAAACCAAAUUUCCUCAAACUCCUAAUGAAAUAUAGCCCCUGUUCUGACCUAUUUAAAGAUGUUUGACUGAGUUUUGGAGGCAGAUCUUUCUAAAAUUCUGGUCUGGUUUGUUACUUGGAUAUGAGUGAAUCAAGAUUGAAUGAUAUAGUACUUAUUUUGUGUAUUCGUGUAUUUAAAAUGUUAACAUAACAAUUAAGAGAGAUUUGCAAAAUUUUUUGAAGUACUUAAGUGCUACAUUUACCACGGAAUUUUAUAAUUGGAAUUCUUUAAUUUCUAAAAUAAUUAAGAAACUUUUAAAUUCAGUAAGAAAUUAGUCUGGAAUUAAACAAAUUUGUAUCCAUGUCAUUGGCACUUGGUGAAAUUUUAUGCCAGCCAAUAUUUAAACAAGGAACAAACAUGAUAAAUGCAAAUCCUUUUAUUUUUGAAAAUUAAGAUUCCAAAAUAAUUGUGUGGAGUUCAAACUUAUGUUUCAAUUAUUCACUUUGGGACUCGGGGGGUGGGGUGGUAGGGGGGGAUACAGUAUUUUUACAUUGUUCAUUUUGUAAAUAGGAGUAUUUUUCUUUAUCAAAGCUUUGUUGAUAUCAUCAAAUUAAUUAGGUUCAAUUUGAUUUUCACAUCGAUAGUAUUGUUGCUGUAUUUAAGGAUUUAUUUCUUGAUGUAUUUAGGGAACAAAUGUUUUGGAAAAAAGCUUGCAAACUAACUUAAAAGCUUCAGUAGCAUUUGAAAUUGUUUGGCAGAGGCAGCAAACUGGAGAUCUUUUUCUCAAAACAUCUAAAUUUAAACAUGCAGUAAAUAAUAUCUAAUUUUAAAGUUUCAUCUGAGUGGUAUUGCCCUAAUGCUACUGAUUGGCAUAAUGCAGCAAAUAGUUCCUAUUAAUCAUUUGCCAUCUGGUUUUAUUUUCAGUAACAGUGACUACACUUAAAAAGGAUUACUGGCUAUAAAAUAUUAUUUGACUGUGUUGACAUUAUGAAAAUCCUAUAUAAAUAUAAUCAGUAUUAAUUUUGAUCCAAUCAAAGUUAGUCAGAUCUGUCCUCUGAAAGUCAACUCAUUAUUUCCAAAUUAUCUUUGUCUUAAUGUUGUUAGAACAAGUAACAUUUAAGUCCUUAAAAAGUUAAAUGAUGGGACCAUUUUUGAACUAUUUUCAAAACUUUUGACUUGCUGUUAAAGUACAGAUGGUGGCUAAUAACAUAUUUCACAUUAUGAUAAGGAUUUUUUUUUCCUUUUUUCUUUCUUUACUAAACAGCUUUGAUCUUGGCAAUGGGUUUAGAUUCUUUUUCUGUGUAAUAAAAGUAUUACAUUUCAAUAUUAUGAUUUAAUUUAAUUUACAUGAAUAUAGGGUAAUGUGA